GACUGGUAUGGAGUGCUGUGCUGUUUCAGAUAUUGCACUUAUGCAAGUCAGCAUUUGUCUGAAAAUCUGCAAGGUGGGAUAUACUUCAUGAUGGCAGGCUACAGUAAGAUAUAUAACCUACUUGACCCAAGUCAUGUUGCAGAAAUCCAAAAGAAGCUAUUCGAAGACAAUAAUAAUGAAUUUCAAGAGGAUUUUGAAGAUGAAGUGGACACAGAUGGUGAUGACAUAGUUGAAGUCCGGCCGGAAGAUUCAGAAACAGAGGAAGAUGACAAUGAAGAUGACAAGGAAGUACUUGAAGAAAACAGCCAUUACUAUAUUGAAAGGGACAAAGAGACAAAAUGGAAUAGUGUUCUAUCACAGAGAGUACAAUUCAGGGCUCUCAAUAUUAUUUGGAAGUUACUUGGACCUAUAGGUGUGGCAAAAGCAGUGAGAAGAAUUGCCUCAUAG